AUGGCGCGCGCGCUGGGGCCCGAGCGGCGGCUGCUGGCCGUCUACACCGGCGGCACUAUCGGCAUGCGGAGCGAGCACGGCGUGCUCGUCCCUGGGAGUGGCCUAGCCGCUGUCUUGAGGACACUGCCCAUGUUCCAUGAUGAAGAGCACGCCCGGGCCUGUGGCCUUCCUGAGGACACGCUGGUGCUGCCGCCCGCCAGCCCCGCGCAGAGAGUCACUUACACGGUGCUGGAGUGCCAGCCCCUCUUUGACUCCAGUGACAUGACCAUCACUGAGUGGGUUCAGAUUGCCCAGACCAUCGAGAGACACUAUGGGCAGUACGACGGCUUUGUGGUCAUCCACGGCACGGACACCAUGGCCUUUGCAGCCUCUGUGCUCUCCUUCGUGCUGGAGAACCUGCAGAAAACCGUCAUCCUCACUGGCGCCCAGGUGCCCAUCCAUGCCCUGUGGAAUGAUGGCCGGGAGAACCUGCUGGGGGCCCUGCUCAUGGCCAGCCAGUACGUGAUCCCUGAGGUCUGCCUGUUCUUCCAGAAUCAGCUGUUUCGGGGCAACCGAGUGACCAAGGUGGACUCGCGCAGGUUCGCGGCCUUCUGCUCCCCCAACCUGCCCCCUCUGGCCGUUGUGGGUACCGACGUCACAAUCAACCGGGAGCUGGUGAGGAAGGCCCGAGGGAAGGAUCCGCUGGUGGUGCACAGCAGCAUGGAACGGGACGUGGGCCUGCUGCGCCUCUACCCUGGGAUCCCCGCGGCCCUGGUCCGGGCCUUCCUUCAGCCGCCCCUGAAGGGCGUGGUCAUGGAGACCUUCGGCUCGGGGAACGGGCCCACCAAGCCGGACCUGCUGCGGGAGCUCCAGGCCGCGGCCGAGCGGGGCCUCGUCAUCGUCAACUGCACUCACUGCUUGCAGGGCUCCGUGACCUCUGACUACGCAGCUGGCAUGGCCAUGGCAGGAGCGGGCAUUGUCUCCGGCUUCGACAUGACAUCGGAGGCCGCCCUGGCCAAGCUGUCCUAUGUGCUGGGCCAGCCUGGGCUGAGCCUGGACGGCAAGAAGGAGCUGCUGGCCAGGGACCUUCGGGGGGAGAUGACGCUGCCCACUGGGGCCGAGCGCCGGCCUUCACUGAGUUGCAGUGCGCUGGGCCGGGGGAUUGCCCAGCUCCUCACUCUGAGCCAGGAGGCCGAUGCCGUACGGGAUGCUCUGAUGCCGAGCCUGGCCUGUGCUGCGGCCCACGCGGGCAACCUGGAGGUGUUGCAGGUGCUUGUGGAGCUGGGCAGUGACCUGAGCCUAGAGAACUUUAACGGUCAAACUCCUCUGCACGCGGCCGCCCGGGGAGGCCAGGCCGGGGUGGUCAGCAUGCUGCUGCGGGGAGGGGUGCACGUGGGCCCCCGGGACGAGGACGGACUGAGCCCGCUGCUGCUGGCCGUGAAGGGCAGGCACCGGGGUGUCAUUGAGCUGCUGAGGGCAGCUGGGGCCUGCCUGUCCCCCCGAGAGCUGGAGGACGUGGGGACAGAGCUGUGCAGGCUGGCGUCCAGAGCAGACCUUGAUGGCCUUCAGUCAUGGUGGCAGGCGGGGGCUGACCUGGGCUGCCCGGGCUACGACGGGCGCAGUGCCCUGCUUGUUGCAGAAGCAGCUGGGAACCUGGAAGUGGUGACCUUUCUGCAGAAGCUCCAGGGUGGGGCUGGUGCCCAGGCCCCAGGCCCAGAAGUGCUGCCUGGUGUCUAA